UGUAAACUUCCGGUGCACAUGGUUAGAGCUGAGGCGAGAGUACACAAGCCAUGUAGGCCUACAAAGAGUUCCAUUAGAAACAGAUGAGUGAUAUCACACGAGAAAAAUGGACGGGAAUAAGGAAGGCGGUGACAUAUUCAGAGACACACCAGUCCGCUAUUUAGGAUAUGCAAAUGAGGUUGGAGAGUCAUUCCGAGCUCAAAUACAUGUAAAUGCUGUGCGAUUUAGUUAUGCUAUUGCCAGUGGAUAUGUUGUGGCUGAUGCUGUUCAUAAAGGCAAAGAAGCAUCACUGAAAACUUGGAAAAAUGAGGGACAGAAGUCGUCACAGGUGCGGUGGGCAAUCUUCGACACAUUAAUGUGGCAGGGGCUUGCGUCUGUAGCUAUACCAGGCUUCACCAUUAACCGAAUAUGUGCUUUAAGUGCAUAUGCACUAAAGAAGAAUUCCCAGCUUCCGGGCAAAACAAGGAAAUGGAUAACCACAAUAAUUGGAUUAGCUUGUAUACCAUUCAUCAUCAAACCUAUAGAUUUGUCUGUGGAUGCACUAAUGGAAAACACCGUUAGGAAAUGGUAUCAUAUAGGACCAGUGAUGGAGACUGUAGUUCAUCAUGACCGAAAUGAUUAAUCUCGCCCUAUAUUAAGGCAUCUAGUGAAAAGAAGAUUUUAUGCAAGGUUUUAACAAUCCUGAUUUUUGUAGGAAUAUCUCAUCCAUAAAUAUACUGUAAUUGGCAUAAGAAGGGUGCAGGGCAUGGGUAAAUGAAUACUAGGGUGCCAUAAUUUUGAGAGGUUUUUCCUCAAACAACACUGUAACACCUAUCAUUUCACUAUUUUCCCCAUUAAUCAAACGGUGUAUCAUUCUGAUAGAUUGAAUUGGUCGCUGUAUCAGCAGGUAAUUCUCUUUGACAGCUUUGUUUUCAUCCAAUAUACUGUUGUGUGGUGCUAUUGUGGUUGUCUAACAGGCAAAACCAAUCAGAUUACUUCUAGAAUAGAUGAAAUCUGCAAUGGGAAAAAAUCUUUAAUUUUACAAUAAGCAUUGCAGGUAAUAUUUUACUAAUCCCUUGGGGUGUCCAUAUUAGAGCAGGUGCCUUUAAUUAUUACGUAAGAUGUGGUACUAUCAGUAAAAAUAACAAAAUCUAGUGUCUGCAUGUACAUGUACCUUCCCUAUAUAAUACAUAUUAAUUUCCACAACUCUUCCCAGAUAUGCAACCAUGCUAUCCUUUUGCCUGUAUUUAGUGGAAUUUAAUGUAUAAAUGCCAUUUUCCAUCCUUUUUGCUGUCAGAGCUGUGAGUAUUGCAGUGAUCAAAUCUCAUUUAGAUAGAAAUAGUGGCAAUGUUACAAACUGACAUUGACAGGAGCUGGUUAGCAUUCAACAUUUAAACUUAAGUCAUAAUCAGUCAAUAAUACUCACUGAACAAUUCUUGUUAGUGAUUAUUUUAGCAAUUGACAAAGGUUUUCACAAAUCAUUCUUAUCUGUGCCCUUAAAUAUCUUUACUGCACCAUCUGGAAUAUCCUUCAUGAAAUCAGCAAAAUUAUUCCAACUCUGGUACCCGUGUGUGUAUUAUAUUUCAUUAUGUAUUGUACUUGUGAGAGAGAUGGUUUUUUUUUACUGUUAGAUAGUAAUUAAAGCAUUGAGUUUUAUUGGAGUUGUUUAUAGUCUCACCUGUUAAGGCAUUAUUGGAGUUGUUUAUAGUUUCACCUGUUACAGCAUUAUUGGAGUUGUUUAUAGUUUCACCUGUUGCAGCAUUGAAUUGUGUAUGAGUUCAUUAUAAUUAUUUUUUAUCAUUAUUUUACCCCCGCAACGAAGUUAGGAGGGGUAUACUGGAAUCACCCUG